CUUAAUGCUCCUAAAAGCGACGCAUUGCCGGUCCAGAUCAGACAUGGGCCUUCGGGCCAAGACAUUGCGCGUCUCUGACGCCAGACAUCGUCUUCGGACGUGAUAUUUGUGUGGUGCUUGCGUUUGAUGGGGCUGUCGGCAGACCACUGGCCUGUCGUGCCUUGUUUUGCGUUGGUGCUGCCGCCAAAAGACCUAAACGAGAUGAGGGGUGUUACGUGGCGGUGGGGCUUUGGCGGGCUUCGGCUUGGCUUCGACUCAUGCGCGUAACGCUAUGAAGGUCGGCAGUCCACCAGGGGGGAAGGCAGUGCUGAACAGCGAGUGGAUCGGUCAGGUCCAUAGGCUCAUCAGCAGCGGCGGUCCCACGUGGGAGGAAUGGAGGAAGGAGACCAUGGAGGGGACAGUGCAGUGCGUCAGGCUCAGCGGCCCCGGCUGGCUUAGGUAUUGGGCAGUGGAGCUGGAGGCAUGGCUGCAGCAGCAGUUGGCAGCGGAGAAGGAUAGCACCGUCCGCCGCCAGCUGUGGCAGCGGCCUGGGAAUGGCAAGAAGAGGGACCAGACGACCUGGCGUGCACUGGAACCAGCGGCCACGGGCUUGCUGGUGCUGACGCCAGAGUUCUUCAAGCGCUACCCUGAUGUCGAGUUCUGCUUCCGCGAGAGGGGCAACACCAACACCGGCUACUACAGGGCGACAGCGGAUGGGCGCUCGCUGUACAAGGUCCGGGAUCUGGAAUAGGUGAGCGUGGGGCGUGGGGGUGGGGGGGGGCCGGCGACGGUUCCGGUUGGAAUUCCGUACGCGUUAGGAUUUUCGUAGAAGAUGCCUGCGCACACACCGAAUAAUGGAAUCCAU